AUGAUGAAUCCGGUUGUCCUUGGCAAGCACAGCUACAUCGAGGGCAUGGGACGAUUGUCGUGUUGUAAAAAGCCGACAACGAAACACAACACCUCGGAGCAACCGAAGCUCGGAAUUGCGAGUACGAACACUCGUUCGGCGCCCUUGAUCCUCACUAAACUUGGUCGGCACGACUCUCAAGGCGGGCCCACAAGUAUAGCCCGGGAUUCCGAGCGUGAAAUUCUCGGGAACUCUGACUGCCUUAGACCCACCGACAUGCAUCUGAAAGGCGGCCACAUGUCUCCUGGGAUCCUGCAAAAGGGACGACAGAACGCCAGCUCGGCAGCAGUUGGCGACCUGCUUGUUGUAAGGAGUGCCGGGCAAUAG